CUUGUACCAUGUGAUCUCUGUGAUCAUUCACAGAUUUCACACGUAGUAAGCAAUGAUGUCAGAAGUGACAUCUUGCUUACACCUAUUCAUGUGAUCACUGAUUGGCCAAUCAGUGAUCACAUGAUCGGGACCUCAUACAGAGGUCCCGUGCAGCGAUCGGUGUUCCACAGCGGGCACCGGAGGAAGCGCGCACAAUCCAAAAUGGCGGGCGCCAACCAGCCCCGCCGACUGCCACCGUCCGGCCGUUUAUAUACAGUGGCUGGAUGGGAAGUGGUU